ACGCUGGGAUUCAAACCGCUGCGCCACGUGGAGAUACAACAUGACGUUAUCCAGCGAUUAUAAACGCGAAUCCGAACGGAAUAACGAAAAGUAUUAAUUGUCGAAGAAGCCAAUGAGAGUCGCUCUCGCGUAUAAGCCCCGCCCUACAAUGCUCCACCAUGGCUGGACUGAUCCGCAAUCUUCUUCUUCAGACGUGCAGCAGGAGGGGGUCAAAGUUCAGUGUUAGGCAUUUGAAGAUGGCCCUGCUGAGCUCUCUCCGGACCCCGGGUCUCUGUGGGGCCCUGUACUACACCGGGACCAGGAGCAUAUCCUCAGGAACCCUUCAUAUCAAAGAUUCGCUGAACUUCUGGAGCGGUGGCCGAGUCAGCCUUAAAGAUGUGAAAACCAAAUCCGAACCCGUAUAUGAGCCUGCAACAGGCCGUGUUUUGUGCCAGCUACAAGCUUGUGGUGCCGCAGAUGUCGAUGCAGCUGUCAGGAGCGCCAGUGCUGCUUUUACAGUGUGGAGUAAACUGGCAGGCAUGGAAAGAGCCAGAGUCAUGCUAGAGGUGGCUAGACUCAUUGGGAAGAGAAGAGAGGAGAUUGCGGAGAUAGAGGUCGUCAACAAUGGCAAGUCCAUCACCGAAGCCCGUUUAGAUGUGGACUCAGCCAGACUGUGCAUUGAGUAUUUUGCAGGACAAGCCACUACACUUUCAGGUCAGCAUGUUCAGCUGCCAGGAGGUUCGUUUGCUUACACUCGUCGGGAGCCGCUAGGUGUGUGUGUGGGAAUAGGAGCCUGGAACUACCCCUUCCAGAUUGCAGCCUGGAAAUCUGCCCCUGCCAUCGCUUGUGGCAACUCUAUGGUGUUCAAGCCGUCACCGGUGACCCCUGUGACUGCAGUGCUGCUGGCUGAGAUUUAUUCACAGGCUGGGGCUCCUGAGGGCCUCUUCAGUGUGGUGCAGGGCGGACAGGAGACGGGUUCUCUGCUGUGUCAUCACCCAUCUGUGGCGAAGGUCUCCUUCACAGGAAGUGUGCCCACAGGCAAGAAAAUAAUGGAAAUGGCUUCCCGAGGGGUCAAACCAGUGACACUGGAGCUCGGUGGUAAAUCUCCACUGAUCAUCUUUGAGGACACUGACCUAGAAAACGCUGUCAGAGGAGCACUCAUGGCCAACUUCUUGUCUCAAGGCCAGGUGUGCAGCAAUGGCACCAGAGUUUUCGUGCAAAGCUCAAUUCUUCCUCCGUUCUUGAAAGAGGUGGCCAGGAGAACUAAAGCCAUCCAGAUCGGAGACCCUCUGUUGGAUGAGACUCGUAUGGGAGCUCUGGUCAGCAAACCACAUCUGGAAAAGGUGCUGGGAUAUGUGACGCAAGCUAAGAAAGAGGGAGCCAGAGUUCUCUGCGGAGGGGAGCCCUUCAUCCCAGCAGAUCCGAAACUAAAAGAUGGAUACUACAUGACGCCGUGUGUGCUCGACGGCUGCACAGAUGACAUGACGUGUGUCAGAGAGGAAAUCUUUGGGCCUGUGAUGUCAGUACUGUCCUUUGACACCGAGGACGAGGUUCUUCGGAGAGCCAACGACAGCGCUCUGGGUCUGGCUGCAGGAGUCUUUACUAAAGAUGUUAAGAGAGCUCAUCGUGUUAUAGAAAACCUGCAGGCUGGAUCUUGCUUCAUCAACAACUACAAUAUCACCCCUGUGGAGGUGCCGUUUGGAGGAUACAAGGCCUCAGGUAUUGGAAGAGAAAAUGGCCAGGUGACCAUUGAAUUUUACACUCAGUUGAAGACCGUGGUGGUGGAGAUGGGUGAUGUGGACAGUCUAUUUUGAACUCGAGCAAAAUGCAAUUACCAACAUUCUCUAAACACUAACGCACAGCUAUUGAAACAUUAACUGUUAUUGAGUAUUAAUGUUCUCCACCACUAAUGGACCAUGUUUCGCGUGCCAACAUAAUUUCUGUCACGUAAUGACAGCUGUCUGUGAAUAUUUCACAAUAAAGUGCCUGUACUGUAGUAUAGUGUGAUUCUUAAUGAGCAUAAACAAUGUAAACUGCAUUAUUUUAAAGUAACUGUUAUUAUAUUUGAUUAUUAAAAAGCUUUAAUGGGAUAUUUUGGUUAAUGUGCAUGUGUAUCAGACAAUGCUUGUGCUGUGAAUAUAUGCUUUACCUAUUAAUUUGGUUGAGGAGACACUAUGCAUGUAAUAUUUUUGAACUAAUGACAAAAAAUGAUGCAUCAUUGUACUAAAAAAGCGUGUGUAUUAUGAAGGAAUAUUUCACGUAAGGUAGUGUGAAGUAUUGUUUAAUUUACGUAUAUACUCAUACAAGCGGCUGAUGUGUCAUGCAUUCAACAUCGUUUGUACUACAAACAAUAAGUCCAAUCAAUAAAUAUAAAAAUUCUAGAAUAU